AGUGCGCGCGUUACACCGCCGUGGCGUGGUGUGGUGUUUGUCCGGUCGCCUGGACGCACGUCCAUUGCUAACAUCAGCAGCUAGCUAGUAACAUCUUAGCAAGACAGACGGAAACAUCCUGGUUUGCUUGUCUCAAUACCACCUUACCAUCAUGGGUGAGACGGAGAAGCAGCCCGAACAACCCAAGGCUGUCCAGCAGAAGAUGGUCAUCGCUAACAAAGUGACUGGAACUGUGAAAUGGUUCAAUGUCAAGAGCGGCUACGGUUUCAUUAAUAGGAAUGACACCAAGGAAGAUGUAUUUGUCCACCAAUCAGCCAUCGUUAAAAAUAAUCCGAGAAAGGCUGUACGUAGUGUGGGAGAUGGUGAAGUGGUCGAGUUUGAUGUCGUCAUCGGUGAAAAGGGUCACGAGGCUGCGAACGUCACCGGUCCAGCCGGUGAAGCAGUAAAAGGCUCACCCUACGCUGCGGAUAAACGCCGUGGAUAUCGUGGAAUUCACUUUAUAUAUCCGAGACGCGGUAACGGACGACCCCAAAAUCGCAGAUCACGCGAAGGCCAAGAGGGCUAUGAGCAAGGUGAGGGAAAAGUUGGCGAUGACGGAAAUGUUGAAGGCGGCCAGCCACAACAGCAACAACGUCGUUAUAGGCUUCGUCGUCACUAUGAUGGUUAUUACCGCGGAGGACGGCGUUCAGGGCCCACUCAAGCUCAACAGCAGGGCGAUAAUGCUGGCGAAGGUGGAGAACAAGCGGAAGGAACCGGCGGCGAGGGUGGCGCUCCGCCGCGCGGUGGUGGUCGUGGACGCGGUGGUCCAUCACGACGUUACUUCCGCCGCAAUUUCCGCGGAGGGAGAGGUGGUGGUCCGCCACGACGUCCUCGCAGCCAGGAUGGCCAGGUAAGGUCGGAGCAGAAGUCGGAUGCACCUAAAGAUUCGGAUGCACCUGCCGCUGCCCCUGCUCCACAGGAGAGCCAGCCGGUGCAGAACACCACCACCGAAAGCACCGCCUAACUGAGACAGAGUAACGCGCUAUUACCGCAGGACACUCCUUUUAACAUGUAACACCAACACCCGUUAUACACUGCAGCAUCGACAACAGCUAUACAACAAUUGCAAAAAAAUCUAAAAAAAGAAAAAAAAUAAUAACAAAAAAAGAAAUCAACAAACACUACACCACACUCUCUCCAUGGAAGCAAAUUAAAAUUAAGAAAUAUGUAUGAAAAAUUGAGAAGUGCGCACAGCUUAUGCUUGGACAGUUUUUUUCGGGAAAGUGACAAGAUGUUGAUCAGAUUGACGUCUCGUAACGUCCCUGAAAGAAAUCGUCAUAAGUGGCCGCGUACUUCUCGCUUCGGGGAUUUGGACAGAAGGGUAAAGCAAUUACGGAGUACGGAGCGAUGAAUUCGAGUGCGCGGCAAAAGAUGGAUAUAUCUAUAUAUUGUAUAUUUUUUGUUUUGUUUUUUUUUGUGUAUUUCUUGUUUCGUACAUUACUUCUGAUUUUUCUUCCGGUAAGGCGCAUUAUCAAUCGUUUCAUGUACACGAUAUUUAUGUUUAUUGCUAUAUUUCCGCGAGAGCUUUCUUCACUUUUGGCGAUUUUUCCAUCAAAAAGAGCCGUGAAAAUGAUGAUACGUGGAUAUAUUACUGAUAAAUGGAGUCCGAAUGUUUGUCUCGAAGUCACUCGUUUUUUUUCCGGCUUGUAUCUCGAAAUUGACGAGCUACCGUAUUGCUUUCACUCUUUUAGUAAGAAGAUUUGAAAUCACCGUGGCCGCAUAAUUAUUCUCGAGUUUUUCAAAAUUGCGCUUGGUUGCAAAACGAUUGCGUUUGUAAGCAUAGAACACAGUUCUGAGAUCUAACAAGGGCAAGUGCGACCGUAGUGAUUCCACGUUUUUCUUAUACAUUUAUAAGCGAUUCGUCUCACAAGCAGAAACAAUUAUUGUAAUAGCAUUUAUCUUGGCCAUAUUUUUACAAUUGUUAAUAUUGGCCCCUGGUGGGUCCCCGGCGGUAUAUUACUAAUUAGCGAUUAUUGUUUUGACUUUACGCAUUAUUGGUUAGUCAGGGAAUUAGGCACGCAAAUUCCAUGAGGUAUUCCGUCAUGAGCCUUUCACUACAAAUGAAGUACUCUUGGUCCUCGGUUUUCUUUCCAACGAUGCAAUGCUUGUACAUUAUCAUUUGUGUAAUUAUAAUUUAAAAGAUACUUUGGACCAACUCGCGAGUGGAGAGGACGGCUCCUUACUGUGAAACCUCAUGGAUUUCCGUGCGUGAGUAAAUCGUCCGGUCGUUUCUGGAAUUGACGUCGGUCGACCGUGCAUCAGGCAGGUCGGUUUUUUUCUUUUUAAAUAUUAAACUACUGACCGCUUGCAUACGGCAAUCGAUUCGAUUUGACUUUUCGGAACAAGAGCCGGGCGUAUCACAUACAUCGGCUCGAUUGACAAUACGAAUAUCGUAGACUGUCAUGAGAGUGCGAAGGAGAGAGCGAUCAGA